AUGAACUCAGAAACUACUUCUUCCGCACCCAAACAAACAAGCACGGUGCGUACGACGAUCAAGACAUCGCUACCAAAUCCCUCCCUGCAAGUCACUGCAGACCACCAAUUGAAACUCCAAGAAGCACCUGUGUAUGUUCCCGCAAAGGGAGAAGUUCUGCUACACAUAAAAGCCACUGGCGUUUGUGGGUCCGAUAUUCACUUUUGGAAAGCAGGAAGAAUAGGCUCUCUCAUCGUCGAAGGAGACUGCAUUCUCGGUCAUGAAGCUUCAGGAAUUGUUUUGCAAUGUGGUGAGGACGUUACAACCUUGCAACCCGGCGAUCGCGUAGCAGUUGAGCCCGGCGUCCCAUGCGGAACGUGUUUCUUGUGUAUGGAUGGACGCUACAAUCUGUGCGAGGAUGUCCAAUUCGCUGGUGUUUACCCUUAUGGUGGUACUGUGCAGCGAUUCAAAUGUCACCCUGCACGGUGGUGCCAUAAGCUGCCUUCCAACAUAUCGUAUGCUGAAGGUGCACUCCUCGAGCCACUCUCCGUGGUCAUGCACGGUAUUAAAUCUGCGGGUCUUUCCCUAGGCCGUGGUGCUGUGAUAUGCGGUGCUGGGCCCAUCGGUCUCAUCGCAUUGGCAGCAGCUAGAGCAAGUGGGGCGCACCCACUAGUCAUUACUGAUCUCGAACCAAAACGACUGGAUUUCGCGAAAAGGUUUGUGCCUUCGGCUCAUAUUUACCAAGUCGAACGAGAUCUCGAUGCGUUAGGUAACGCAAAGAAGAUCAGGGAGCUGUUUGACUUUGGGAAUGUAGGCGAGUACGGGGCGCCAGAGACCGUGCUAGAAUGCACGGGGGUAGAAAAUAGCGUUGUCACUGCGGCCUAUACGGCACGAAGAGGUGGGACUGUUAUGGUCAUUGGUGUUGGGAAGGACAUCAUGAACAAUUUGCCAUUCAUGCAUUUGAGUUUGGCCGAGUGCUUGGCUGGUGGUAUACUGGACCUCAAGCCACUUGUCAGUCACACGUUUCCGCUAGAAAAGGCGCUCGAUGCCCUGCAUACAUGUGCCGACCUAAGGAAUGGAAGUAUCAAAGUUCAAAUCAUCGAUGAGGUAGACGAUGUGCUCUAG